AUGGAUCCUAUCAAGCAAAUGCAAAAGCAGGUAUGCGAAGAACUUCACGGUUCUAUCACUAUUGUUGUCCUGGGUGCUUCUGGCGACUUGGCCAAGAAAAAGACUUUCCCUGCACUUUUCGGUCUUUUUAAAAAUGGCUUUUUACCAGCGAAGACAAAGAUUUUUGGUUAUGCUCGUACACAAAUGGACCAUGAAGAAUUUGUUAAACGUGUUACUCAGUACAUAAAAGCAAAAGGCUUGGAAACACAGCUGGAUGAAUUUAAAAAUAUACUGACGUAUGUUUCUGGUCAAUAUGAUCAAGAUGAAGGAUUUGCGAACUUGAAUGAAUUGAUUCGAAAGAGCGAAAAAGAACGCAAAAUUGAAGUAGGCAACAGACACCGAAUGUUCUAUAUGGCUUUACCACCAUCUGUGUUUAUUCCGGUUGCACAAGGCCUGAAGAAAAAUGUAUAUGCUAGAGAAGGAUUAAAUCGUAUUGUCAUUGAAAAACCAUUCGGUAAAGACAGUGAAUCUUCAGCUGUCCUCGCGAAGGCAUUGGCCAACUGUUUUACAGAGAGAGAGACGUUCCGUAUUGACCAUUAUCUUGGAAAAGAAAUGGUUAAAAAUGUAUUGAUGGUACGAUUCGCAAACGUCUUCUUCUCGCAAGUAUGGAGUCGCGUGAAUAUCGACAAUGUACAGAUUACUUUCAAGGAACCAUUUGGUACCGAAGGUCGUGGAGGCUACUUUGACGGAUUUGGUAUUAUUCGUGAUGUGAUGCAGAACCAUUUACUACAAGUGUUGUCACUCAUUGCUAUGGAGAGACCUAUCUCAACGGAAGCAGAAGAUAUUCGUGAUGAAAAGGUGAAGGUAUUGAAAUGCAUUCACCCUGUAACCGUGGAAAACAUAUUGCUGGGACAGUACGUGGGCGCAAACGGCAAGCCAGGCUACCUCGAAGAUGAUACAAUCAAGAAUAAAAAGAGCUUGACGCCUACUUUUGCUGCUCUAGUAUUAUUUAUUGAAAAUGAGCGUUGGGAGGGAGUUCCAUUCAUUUUGAAGGCAGGAAAAGCAUUGAACGAGGCAAAAGUAGAAGUACGAAUACAAUUCCGUAAUGUGGCAGGCUCACUGUAUCAAAAUGCAGCACGCAAUGAACUUGUUUUACGUGUACAGCCUGAUGAAGCAGUCUACAUUAAAUUCAAUAACAAGCAGCCUGGGCUCUCUUAUCAAACAAUCCAGUCUGAACUCGAUUUAACAUAUCAGUAUCGAUAUACAGAUAUGUCAAUACCGGACGCAUACGAAUCGCUGAUUUUGGAUGUGUUGCGAAAUGACCAUAGCAACUUUGUUCGAAGUGAUGAAUUGGAAGCUGCGUGGAAGAUUUUUACCCCUUUACUCCACAAAAUCGAUGAACGUCAUGAAGAUAUCCACCUCUAUCCAUACGAAUACGGUUCAAGAGGCCCGGCUGAAUUGGUUCCUUUCAUCAGAAAAUAUGGUUAUGAUCGCUCUAAUGUAAACUACAAGUGGCCGCUUCAAAGUGUAGCUACUACUGCUAAUAAGGAACAAAAGUUGUAA